GGGACAAGAUGCUGGGCAGAGGACGACCGAUUCGACUCGACCCAACGUGAAGAUGUCGUCGUCUCUGCGCAUUCUACUUAUCGGUAACGGCGGCCGUGAGCACGCCCUCGCCUGGAAGCUUGCCCAGUCACCGUUGGUGGAGUCCAUUAUCGCCGUGCCUGGCAACGGAGGCACUGCAGGAGUCCCCAAAGUCAUCAAUGACUCUUCGGUGGCCGCCGACAACUACCCUGGCCUCGUCGAUUUUGCGAGGAAAAAUGCCGUAAACCUCGUGGUACCGGGCCCCGAGGCGCCCCUCGUCGACGGUAUCGAGGGCUUCUUCCGCGAUGCGGGGAUUCCCGUCUUCGGCCCGUCCAAGGACGCUGCCGCCAUGGAGGGCAGCAAGACCUUCUCUAAGGACUUUAUGAAGAAACACAACAUCCCGACCGCUGCCUACGAGAACUUUUCCGACUACGAGAAAGCCUGCCAAUACCUGAAGUCGGUCAAACACAGCGUCGUUAUCAAGGCCACCGGCUUGGCCGCCGGCAAGGGCGUGAUCAUCCCGCAGACCCAGGAGGAAGCCCUGCAGGGGCUUAAGGACAUCAUGCAGGACAAGGCCUUUGGCUCGGCGGGCGACGAAGUCGUUAUCGAAGAGUUCCUUACCGGCGACGAGUUGAGCAUCUUGUCCUUCUGCGACGGCACCACCAUCAAGUCCCUCCCUCCGGCUCAGGACCACAAGCGUAUCGGGGAGGGCGAUACCGGCCUCAACACCGGCGGUAUGGGCUGUUAUGCUCCGACAAAGCUCGCCACGCCACAGCUGAUUGCCCGUAUCGAGCGCGAGAUCCUCCAGCCCACCAUCGACGGCAUGCGCAAGGACGGCUUUCCCUUCCGCGGCUGCCUUUUUACCGGCCUGAUGAUCGCCCCCGACGGCACCCCCAAAGUGCUCGAGUACAAUGUCCGCUUUGGCGACCCCGAGACCCAGACGAUGUUGCCGCUGCUCGAGUCAGACCUGGCUAAGAUCAUGUACGCAUGCGCCGGACCGGUCCCGUACCUUGAGGAUAUCACAGUCAAGGUCUCCUCCAAGUUUAGCACCACCGUGGUUGUCGCCGCCCCCGGCUAUCCGGAAUCAUACCCCAAGAACAUUCCCAUGCAGGUCGCGAACCCGCCCGACGGCAUCAACAUCUUCCACGCCGGAACCAAACUCUCUGGGGACUCGUUGGUAACCUCUGGCGGCCGUGUCAUUGCGGCCACCGCGACCGGCGACUCCCUUCGUGCCGCUGUCGACAAGGCCUACGAGGGCGUCAAGCUGAUCAACUUUGACGGCAUGUACUACCGCAAGGACAUCGCCCACCGCGCCUUCCGCACAACCGACACCACCGACAAGCUCACCUACGCCCAGUCCGGCGUGAGCAUCGAUGCCGGCAACGAACUGGUCGAUCGCAUCAAGGCCGCCGUCGCCACCACGCGGCGCCCCGGUGCGGACGCCGUCAUCGGCGGUUUCGGCGGGGAAGUCGACCUCUCGGCCGCCGGCCACCCCGGGGCGCCCAUCAUUGUCGGUGCCAUCGAUGGCGUCGGCACCAAGCUCAUCAUCGCGCAAAAGAUGAACAAGCACGACACAGUCGGCAUCGACCUCGUCGCCAUGAACGUCAACGACCUGGUCGUCCAGGGCGCCGAGCCCUUCAUGUUCCUCGACUACUACGGCUGCUCGCGCCUCGACGUGUCCGUCGCCACCUCCUUCGUCGAGGGCGUCGCCCAGGGCUGCCGCGCGGCCGGCUGCGCCCUCGUCGGCGGCGAGACCGCCGAGAUGCCCGACCUCUACACCGGCGACGACUACGACGCCGCCGGCGCCGCCAUCGGCGUCAUGCGCGCGCCCCAGCGCCUGCCCCGCAAGGACGCCAUGGCCGAAGGCGACAUCCUCCUCGGCCUGGCCUCCUCGGGCGUGCACUCCAACGGCUUCUCGCUCGUGCGCAAGAUCGUCGCCUCGCGGGGACUCGCCUACACCGACCCCUGCCCCUGGAACACCACCACAACCACCACCACCACCACCACCACCGGCACCACCACCCUCGGCGCCGCCCUCCUUACACCCACGCGCAUCUACGUCAAACCUCUCCUCGCCGCCCUCGCCGCCACGGGCGACGCCGUCCGCGGCAUGGCCCACAUCACCGGCGGCGGCCUGACCGAGAACGUCCCGCGCAUGCUGCCGGCCCACCUCGCGGCCGAGAUGGACGUGGCCGCCUGGGAGCGGCCGCCGGUGUUCGGCUGGCUGGGGUCGGCCGUCGAGCCGGUCGAGAUGGCGCGCGCUUUUAACAAUGGGCUGGGCAUGGUCCUGGCCGUGGAGGCGGGGCGCGCGGAGGAGGUGAAAGGGUUGUUGGAGGGGGAGGGGGAGAGGGUGUGGACUGUGGGGAGGUUGGUGAAGAGGGAGGAGGGUGGGGAGGGGUUGGUCCGGGAGCGGUGAUGUUCACGUACCCAUGGAUAAGAAACCCGAAAAUAGCUCGUGCCUAUGGGCUGCUAAAUGGAUGGAGUCGGGUCACGAAUCUAAU